GGCAGCGAUGCAUCUGGAGGAUGGCUGAGGCCGGCCGGGCCAGCGCUUCCCCCGCGCCCCAGAGCGGAGGCGGCAUGCUGGGGCUCUGGGCCGCCCUGCUCUGCCUGCUCCUGCUGGCCGCCGUGCGCGGCCUCCCGGCCCCCGGCUUGCCCAUGGCCGACCUGGCCAGCAGGGCCACCCGGGAGCCCUCAGAUGAUUUAAGAAGCGAAACGGGUUUCCUCGAAGAGUUGGUGGUUGGAAGUGGUGAUGCAGUUGAACUUCAGUGCAAUACUCAGGACUCACCUGUAUCUCUCCUCUGGUAUAAAGACGGCGUUGGGAUUUCACCUACCAACCGGACUCAUAUUGGUCAAAAACUCUUGAGGAUUAUAAAUGUGUCCUACAAUGAUUCAGGCCUGUACAGCUGUAAGAAGAGGCAUUCGGUGGAAAUGCUCAGGAACUUUACGGUUCGAGUUACAGAAUCCCCGUCAUCGGGUGAUGACGAAGACGAAGACGACGAUGAAGAUGACGACUCUGAAGACAGAGUUGCGCCUUAUUGGACCCAUCGUGACAGAAUGGAAAAGAAGCUUUUGGCAGUACCAGCGGCCAAUACUGUUCGUUUCCGGUGCCCGGCAGCUGGCAAGCCGCUUCCUUCCAUAUACUGGCUGAAAAAUGGCAAAGAAUUCAGAGGGGAGCACCGUAUUGGAGGCAUUAAACUGCGGCACCAGCAGUGGAGUCUCGUCAUGGAGAGCGUUGUUCCAUCAGACCGAGGCAACUACACCUGUGUGGUCCAGAACAAAUACGGUGUAAUCUGGCAUACUUACCAACUGGAUGUUCUUGAAAGAUCUCCACACCGCCCCAUUCUCCAGGCAGGGCUGCCUGCCAAUCAAACGGUGGUGGUUGGGAGCAAUGUGGAAUUCCACUGCAAAGUAUACAGUGAUGCUCAGCCUCACAUCCAGUGGUUGAAACAUGUGGAAGUCAAUGGAAGCAAAUACGGGCCGGAUGGGACUCCUUACGUCUCUGUCCUAAAGUCUUGGAUCAGUAAAAACACUGAAGCCGAUGCUAACCUAAAUCUAUUCAAUGUGACCAAACAAGACGAAGGCGAAUAUCUUUGUAGAGCCAGCAAUUUCAUAGGCAGAGCCGAAAAAUCAUUUUGGCUCCACAUUCACAAACCAGAAGCAGCAGAAAAACGGGUUGCGAGACAGGAUUCCAGUUCGUUUUACGCCGGCAUCCUCAGCUACGGGAUUGCCUUCGCUCUUUCCAUCCUGGUGGCCGUGAUGGUGAUGAUCUAUAAAAUUAAAAGGCCGGCCAAAAAGGCUAUAAACGCCACCGCAGUUCAGAAAGUCUCCAAGUUCCCCCUCAAGAGACAGCAGGUGUCCUUGGAGUCCAACUCAUCCAUGAACUCCAACACUCCUCUGGUGAGGAUCACCCGCCUCUCCUCCAGCGAGGGUGCCAUGCUGGCCAACGUCUCCGAGCUGGAGUUGCCGGCAGAUCCCAAGUGGGAACUGGCGAGAUCUCGCUUGACCCUUGGGAAGCCGCUGGGCGAAGGCUGCUUCGGGCAAGUGGUGAUGGCCGAAGCCAUGGGGAUCGACAAGGAAAAGCCAAGCAAGCCUGUUACUGUAGCCGUCAAGAUGCUGAAAGAUGACGCCACAGACAAAGAUCUCUCUGACUUAGUCUCAGAAAUGGAAAUGAUGAAGAUGAUCGGGAAGCACAAAAACAUUAUUAACCUCUUGGGGGCCUGCACGCAGGAUGGUCCUCUUUACGUUCUUGUGGAAUAUGCAUCCAAGGGGAAUUUAAGGGAAUACCUGAGAGCCCGUCGGCUACCUGGCAUGGAUUAUUCCUUUGAUACCUGCAAGCUUCCUGAGGAACAGCUGACCUUUAAAGACUUGGUGUCAUGCGCCUACCAGGUGGCCCGGGGGAUGGAGUACCUGGCAUCUCAAAAGUGUAUUCACCGGGAUCUGGCCGCCAGAAACGUUCUGGUCACGGAAGACAAUGUGAUGAAGAUAGCUGACUUUGGUCUAGCCAGAGAUGUUCACAACAUUGAUUAUUACAAAAAAACAACUAAUGGCCGGCUGCCGGUGAAAUGGAUGGCUCCCGAAGCAUUGUUUGACCGGGUCUACACUCAUCAGAGUGAUGUGUGGUCCUUUGGGGUGCUGCUGUGGGAGAUCUUCACUUUAGGAGGGUCUCCGUAUCCAGGAAUCCCAGUGGAGGAACUCUUCAAACUGCUAAAGGAAGGCCACCGAAUGGACAAGCCUGCAAAUUGUACCCCAGAUUUGUACAUGAUCAUGCGCGAAUGCUGGCAUGCAGUUCCUUCUCAGCGGCCGACUUUUAAACAGCUGGUAGAAGACCUGGACCGAGUGCUGACAGUGACCUCCACGGAUGAAUACAUCGACCUGUCCGUGGCCUUCGAGCAAUACUCCCCCAAAGGCCACGACACUCACAGUGCCUGCUCUUCGGGAGAUGACUCCGUAUUUGCACACGAGCUUCUCUCAGAGGAGCCCUGCCUUCCAAAACAGCAGGCCAACGGCAUCAUCAAGACAUGAUGAGAGACACUGAGCCUCAAAGACGAGAUUCGUGAAUGUAUGUCUGAGGGGAACUCUGGAACGAGAUCCUGAGGAGGAAGAAAUGUUGUUCUGCUCCACGGCAUGGAGGCCUGCGUUGCCGUGAAGCCGUGACACGCAGAACGUACUUCCUUCCUACUUUUCUUGUCAAACACCCGGAAACCUUGAAAGGCAAAGGAGAGGAUGGGGAACCUCUGGCCUUUGAGUCCGUUUUCUGUGCCUGCAAAUUCUAGGAGUGGGUGGGAAAAUGACAAAAAUGACAACACCCAUGUGCAAAGAAUGUAGGAAAUGUUGCCCUCGGGCAAUCCGUACACAACUGUCUUUUGGUAGGGCUCCGUAGCCACGUUGCCUGCAGGGAAUCUUAAGUAAGUACUGGUUUUAUAUUUAAUAAAUAUAAAACGAAGCCAUCUACUUAAGGAUGCAUUCAAAGCCAUUCUGAGGAGUUAAUCACUCUUUCAAAGUUGCCUUCACUUUUCUCACGGUGGGAACUAUGCCGCCUCUUGCACUAACGGCUGGAUAAGUGAGUGUGUGCAGGCAAGACGAGACGUGAAGGCCUGGAGGUGUUGCAAGCUCUAGAAAAGUGUGUUGUGUGUGUGUGUGUGUUGGGGUGUGCGUGUUGGGGUGUGCGCGCGUGUCAUUUGUUAAUGAGCAUGUAUCAGUGACUUUGGCUAAUUUUUCCAGGGGAUUUCUAUGAACUGUAAUGUGCAUCAAACCGAAAUUCUGCUAUUUGCUACAUUUAUUUAGCUAUUUUCUGGGUGAGGUUUUUUUGUAGAUAAAGUUUAAAUAUAUUUGUAACGGAGGUCCAUAAUUUUCCCCCAGAAAUCUAUUAUCAAACACUUGGAGAGAGAGGAAAAAAAAAUAUUACGGGUACCCCAUAGUCGAACGCCUUUCAGCAAAUCGCAAAGUUUUAUUUCCUACAAUUGUGCAUAUAUCUAUAAAUAGCUCUUGUGUGUAUAUAAUAUCUCCGAUAUUAACAUGGCUGACAAGACUGAAGGGGAAUUUAUUCCAGUUAAAAAUUCUUCUAGAGUAGAACGUACUGAUUUAGGCAAAGGUUUUCUUUUAUCUUGUCAGCUUGUGUGGUUUUAAAAAUUUAUAUUUUAACAUGUAUAUUUGUAAAAUUAUUUAUAGAUAUUAACAUAUGUUCAUUAAUGUAUACAUUUAAUUUUUUCAUCAGAUUUAAGGAUUUUAACUUAUUAAAAAUAGAGGAAGAUUAUUCAAGAUUGUUUUUCUGAAUUCCUGAGAAAUCUUAGAAAAAUGUAUAGCUGUAUAGUCCUUCAACACAUUACUUUAAUACUAAUUUUUCUUUAUAAAAAAAACAAAAAAAAAUUACUGAGUUGCAACAAUUAUCAGGACGUGCAUUCUGUAAUAUGUUAAUAUUAAAUCCAAACAUUUGACAGUCGAAAUAAUCCUUUUUCCAUCUCUGUGAGAGCUAAGAAAUCUUUCAUCACUUUUGCCUCUGUGCAUUAAGAUGGAUUUUUCUCCAGUUUUUUUUUCUUUGAAUGAAGGUGUUCUUCAUGGUUGAAAAAAUAUCAGCUAUGUGGCAGAGCUGAAUGUUGACUGCGAGUGACUAAUCCACUACAUGUGUGUGUUCCCAUUUGCGUUUUUACGGUAGAGACAAGGAUCCAAACAAAAUAACAACUCAAAAUCUAUGUAGAGAAAGUUCUGACAGUUGUAGAUAGACUUCGAACCUCACCUGUUGCUUGGGAAAAUGGUGGGUUUUGUGGAUAAGUCGGUCAAAACUCUCUCCGUACCUUGAUAGCAUUUUUGUGAGUUGUUGCAAGAUUUUUUCAGAUUCCUUGGGAGCAGUUCCAGUGCCUCACAGAACAAUUUGAAAUGGAAGGCUGGUUUCCAUUCCUGCUGCUCCCAAAACAUGAAAAUGCAAGGAGCCCUCCUGUCUUUUCCUCUAGUUGACCCUUAGGAAAAUGCAAAGGACAUAAUCCAAUCAAUUCCCAACUUCCUGAUCUAUCACUGGUCAAAAAGCCAUCCGCCAUGUUUCAUCUACAGCUCUCCUCCAUAUUUUUUCAUUCCAUCGGUUGAUGUGCGUUAAACUCCAAUAGGAGAGGUUGUUGUGGAGGGGGAAGCCAGACAGGGGGGAGUUUAUUGUUAGAGCCUGAAAAAUCAACAAAAGCACAGCUUCCUCUCCACCAUUCCUUUCUUGCACUGAAAAGCCCCCAGAGUUGUGAAAAUGAAAUGGAAGCAAGUCAGCAAUUUUGCAAAGAGUUGUUUUUGCCAGUUGCUCAGGGGAAACCGAACAGAUUCCAGGUUCAAGAGGCUGAGCCUUUAAUUUGAGUGGGUGGGCAUAUAGUGGCCGGGUUAGGUCUCAAAGCAAGCAGGCAGACAUUCCCCUGUGCAAGGAAAUGGAUGCCCUCCAAGGUCUGCAGAACCACCACAAGUGAAUGGAAGAUGGCGAUUCUGCUACGAAUCAAUUUUGAAGAUGACUCCAUAGAACCCAUCAGGUCCAGAGCUGACCCCAAAGCGAUGGACCGCCUGGACCAAGGGACAUGCCUGCUGAAUAAGGAAGUAAAAAAACAGGGAUAUAUAAAAUGGAGUAAGACCAGGGUUCUAGUUCUGGAACUAGGAUUAAGGAGGCAGUUGGACGGAAGAACCGACCUUGUAGCCAUUCUACAUAUCAGCAAUUUUACUGAGGAAGAUGAGCCCCAUUUGUAAUGGAAUGGACAGAUGUCCUUGAGGACGUUUGUAUAUCCCAAAGGUGAUCUUUCAAAAGGCAACUGGACUUUGUUUUUCCUUGAAGGUGUUUUGCUUCUCAUCUAAGAAGCUUCCUGAGUUCCUAAAGACAACCAUGACCUGACUGACUGAGAAUCUCCACAGGAAGUUUGUGUAGUUUUAAACUUUUUAAUUUGCAUAGUUUUUAAUAUUUUAAUUUCUAUAUAUCUUUUAUUAUAAUCUGUUAGCCACCCAGAGUCACCUUAUAAGGAGAAUGGGCAGCACAGAAAUUUAAUAAAUAAACACAUAAGUAAUAAAUAAGAGCUUGUUGCCUAGAAAUUGCUCCCAAACUGUUAGAGAAAUAAACUUUGGAAGGGCUCGCCUUAACUGAUCAGGCAAUUAAAACUGCCAGUGGGGAAAUUUGUGCCUUCAGACUCACAAGACACUGUUAAUAUAACUUUACAGUGAAAUAGAAUUAGCUCCUUUAGCUGAAUUUUCAGUCUGGUUUACCGGAAAGGACCGGCAUUGAUUGGGUUCAUUCACACACAUUAGAUUAUGCCAUUCCAGAUCAAUAUUCAGCAUAUUUUUUGCAAUACCACAAGAUGGUUUCAAAAUAGUUACUUUAUAGAAAUGAAGCUUCGAAAAGGUUUUUUAAAAAUAGAUUUCUAUAGACAUGUACUUUUGGGGAUGGAAUCAAAAAAGUGCUAUUUUCUUACAAUGCCUGUUAGUUUUGUACAUUCCAAGCAUUUGAAAAUCACUCUCCCAGCCUGAGUUCAUUAAUUACCUGAAAUAUAUUAUAUAUUCAUAUAUAAUAUAUUUAUGAAAAAUUUUACAAAGAUAUUUGUAAAGGUACCUAUUUUACAAAGGUAUAUUUCUUAUAUAAUUUCAAAGCCAGGGUUUGAAAACUUGAAUGUUUCUUUCAACCUUUAUUCUUGUCCACGUUGCAGUCAAGAAGUUGUGACAUUUUGGGGAACAUUUUCCCAAUUCGGCAUCUUACAGCUUCUGUAUUGCUUUUGAACAUUUUAGAAGAUAUGAAACAAAAAAGAAAACUUAUUCUGUUUUUGCUUACCUGGGCCCAAAAUAAAUAAAAAAAGUUAAACAUAA